AUGAGAAGAGUCAAAUCGUCUACAGUCCCGCUGCCCGAGUUCUCGCGACAGGCCGAGCCUAGCGAUCGUUUGUCUAGAUUACAACAGAAAGUGAGUACUCGGCCAAGGCUACUGCUUUAACUUUGCUAUUUGGGACAAAUUUCCUUUUGAUUGUUUUGACAUUUGAUUUACGGUAGGCGUUACGUAAUAAAAUUUUGGACGAUAGCUCUAUAAACGACGGCAAUAGUGAACAUUCAUGUCGGGCUCAGUAUGGAGUAUAGAAACUGACUUUAGGUGCUUUUCCGCAUCCUCCAAUACCUCCAUGCUCAAGAUCUGCUCUCUCUUGGUGCUUGUAAUCGUUUUCUGUAUCACAAAUCUUCUGAUAAUGACCUCUGGAUUUGUUUUUGUGAAAAGGAAGGAGUCUACCUCCAUUCAGUCAGGAAUUCUAGAAGUCCAAAUCCAUUGAGGGCUUUCUCCGAGAAGCUGAGAUCAGUCGUUUCCUUCGGACAGAGGUUAGAUGAUUCGGAUAUCCCCCAUGGACAUUACAGACGGGCUUAUUUGAAGUAAGUGAAUUUACCACUCGUUAACUUCAGCCUAGAGUCCUCUACAAUUGGGCCAAGAAUAAAUCUAACAGUACUAGUUACAAUAUUACUCAGAGGAAGGGUACUGUAGUUCGAGGGGAGUAUAUUCUGGCCUGGUCCAACUCCGAUGUUGCCAUUAUCUCGAAGAGAACAAAGAACGUAUGUCUUAUUCGUUGCUGUAUGAUUUAUGGUAUAAUUACUUCCAGGUGACUACUGUAAAUGUGAGUGGAGUCGAAGCGACCAGUUUUUUUGAUGGCUCGACCAAAUUCGUCGUCUUCAUCCCAUCUCCAGAGGGGUCCAAAUUGAAUACUUACAGAGUGGAGGAUGGGAAACUGUUGAACAGCUACUCCUUCUCCCAAUCUCUCCACAUUUCACUUGCAGAUUGUCUUCAUAUAAGCUGGUGAGUGUAAUGUAAAGGCGAUCAGUCAUCUUUAGUGUGGCCAUAAGUGGUCCAGAUAAAGUGAACAUUUAUGAUUUGAAUACGGGGACCGAAGUGCAUUCAACUAAGGUUGUAAAGUCGAGUAAUCGCUUUGUGGAAUACGAUGGAUUCAGAGUUGUGACUUGUGCCAGGGAUUCCAAAAAACUUCAAGGAUGGAAUCUGAGGGAGAACACGGUCAGAGAAGUCGACCAAUGCACUGAUUUCAAGGUAACUGUAGUUUCUUUAGAUUAAUAUUUGUAGGUACUGAGUGACAUCAAACAAGUCAUCGUCUUUUAUGUUCGCUGGAAAUGUGAGAUCUACAAUGUAGACACAAUGAUCAAGCUCCAAUCAGUCACUCCCAGUUGUGGGGACUUUGCUGAUGUCCAUGUUACCCUCCAUUACAGAGCUCGGACUUUGGUUGGAUUAAUGGGAGGACCCCCGGGAACAGGGACCCUAUUCCCCGUGGUCAGUGUCUGGAAUCUGACAGAUGAGGGGUGGAUCGACAAGGGGAUCAUCAUGAGAGGACACGUUACUGAUGUGGGAUUCGUCAGCUCUCAUUUAUUUUUGUGUGAAACCAGAAAAUCAGAUCGAAGUGCUAGCCGAUUCCAAUUAUGGCAUGUGAGAAAAGGUAAAGUUAAAGCAAGUUUUUUGAGAAGAGCGAGCAUUGAGAGCCAGGCUGUGCACACGAAGAAUGUCACAAUCAGUACCAAACAUAGUACUUGUGAUAAGAACUACUGAUCGUUUAAAAAAAUAUUUUUUUGAGUUGUAGGUAGCAUUUUCAUAUCUCAUUUUUUGAUUACAAAAGGGUUUCUUACAUCACGUCGAUUCGAACGGUACCAAUCUUGCAAUGCCUGCUUUUUUGCUGACAAACUUAGCCAGUUUUGGGCAUUUUUGACCCUUAAACCCAAAAUUUGCUAAUUUUUUCAUAUCCUUGAUCAGCACAAUUUUUCGGAUUUUCCGAGAUAUGUCCCGUCUAAACGUAGGAGCCCCCAUAAAAGUAUUUUCCUUGUGAAAAAGAUCCGAAGCCAAUCCGAGCCGCCGUUAUCGAGGCGUACGAAAAUGUUACAGAACCUACAGUAAGCUAAAAAAUCAAAAUUAAAUUUUUUUGUAUUUAAUUGUUAUUCCAAAUGCUAUCAGUGGUGACGGUAUGAAGAUCAUGUUCUGAAUUCUUGUUUCGUGUGCACUGGGUGUUCGACUCUCUCGCUCAAUCUGGUUUAAUACAAGAGAUAAGAAUUAAUGUUACGCAAUUACAGCGUCUCUUGUGGCUAACGUGAGUCUCCCAUUGGAUUGCAAUUCGAACGAUCGAUCGCUGGAUCCGAAACAAUUAAAUGCGUCUACAGUUGCAGUAGUUACCAAGGAGGGUGUGGUUGUAAUAGACUUUAACUAGAAAUAAACAGCCAUUUUUAGUCUGUUAUUACUCGUUCAUUCGUAAAUUAUGUUUUUUUUCGAUUUUUAUACACAAGUUCGGAAUAUUAGGCAUUAAUUUGAAUGAAAAAGAUGACAUCAUCAGACUCAAAAUUCGACCACCUACAAUCUACAUAAAAACAAAGUAGUUCGCGGCAGUAAUGACUUCGUUUUGAAGACCUCUUUGAAGUAAAUUGGCGGCAUUCAGGCGAUGUCCAAAUAGAUUCAAUUUGGCGCUUGAAGGGAGGAGAAACGAAGAAGCCCGGAGGGGAAAAGGACGCAGAAAUGUCAAGUCUAAAUAAGAGAAAGAGGUAAUGCGUUUUCCUCCCGUCUUUUGCACUUUAUGCUCGCACAACGUGUCCUGUGCACGGGGAUCUCAUGGCCGAUGAAGAUCUUUUCCUUUGCUUUAUUUGGUUUCGGGCGCUCUUCGGGAGCCCGUGCUGUCUUCCGAAGCCGACCCAAACCCCAAAGGCCAAGAAAAAGGUGCACUUGCUUCGGGGCGUUUUCAUUUGCCGAUUCCUCGAGAUUACUCGGUUUAAAGGCCGAUGCAUUAAGAAGGGGGGAUAGAAGUAGCGGGAGUAACAAAGACCCGCGAACGUCCGGUCGGGAAGUCGCGCGUGCUCUAUGUCCCCAGGGGACGGGCCCCCAGUCCCAUCGAAGACCGGCGUGGGAAAGUUUUGACGAGGGUUUGGGUUCGGAAACUCUUUUGUUGGGCAGGUCGGAACUCUGGUCGUUUCCGGCACUCACCUCUUCUUUCCCUCAGGCCGUCUUGGCCGCCGUCUCAAGGGCACUCGGUUUCAGUUUUUGUUGCUACUUUUUCGGGUACAGCCCUAAAGGGAAAGCACCCGGCUAUUUAUGCAAAACUUGAGUUGUUUUGAACAUUUUCGGUUAACCCUCGAGUCUUUCCCCACUUUUCGGUUGUCAUCAUUUGGGUUGUAUGCAAAAUAAAUGAUCAUAGAAACGAGUUUGCACCUAAUUUAUCUCUCUGAAUCUGACUUUGAUGGGCACCUUUUCGUAGGACUUUUGACAUCUAAAAAGCGCCUGAGGCUAAGAGACUAGCAAAGUUUGUGGUGGGGUCAGAUUUGCUGGGUGACAACGUCAGCCUAAGGAAAGGUUUUUGGCCAGAAAGGUGUUGUAAUUUGAAGAGAGGGAAGAUUGAUUUUUUAUGUUGCCAAUAAAUUGCUUUUCCUUGAUUUAUUUGAGAAGCCCUGUUACGGUAGAUGUCCAAGUGUCCUAAUCCCUCUUUACUAUUACUUUUGUGUUUAUUUUCUUUGUGAAGGACGCGGAGAGGCUUGGUUAACUUGAGGUCGCUGUUGGAUACGAGUUUUCUUUGUUUUAGGGGACCCUGGGACGUUCUCCGAGCGACGCCAUAUUCUCACGACGCCCAACCUGGCCCAGCCGAUCGUCGGCCUCGCGUGUCAACCGUGCUUGGAGGACCGCGGGGCAUGUCCGGCCGAAGAGUUGGGCCGCUUUUGAUCGACCAUCUUCUUGUUUCAGCUCAAUGGAGGUGAAUGUCGAGCAGAGGCGACUGCUGCAGGCAUUUCUCUUCUUCUCCUUCUUCGGAGGUAAGACUAAUAACAGGUAUGCGGUCAGACAUGUAAACAGACCCAUAUCGGAUGACAGUCAACAGGCAUCCAACGUAUUUCCCACUUUUUUUACGCACCCAGUAAUCAUAACUGAUAUUUAAAAAAUAUAAUCUAAUGAAAUAUACAUAGUUUAAUAUUACGUAAUACGAUCAAAAAAGCUUCUGAAAUUUUCAGUUAAUUCGGCUGGGAUAGGUUGCUUCGUCUGUAGUUCAUUCAAUCAGGGGAACCCCGAGUGCGAAGACAUGUUCAACUCGAGUGUGUCGCACAGUGCAAAGGGAUCUGUCGCCAAUUAUCAAUACCCAUGUUGGGCGUUCAAAAAGGAUCGACAAGGGCUCUUCCCAGCCGAUCAUUGUGUCAAAGUCAAUGGAUAUCAGAGUAAGUCUCAAUUAUUAUUUUUUCACUCCUCAUAAUUUCUUGAUUUAUUUACUUUACCGUUCCAGCCGAUGACAAUUCCCAGACAAUCCUCAUUCGAACAUGUGCAUUGGACUCUGGGACUCUAACCGCAGACACAGGUAUGUCGAAAUUUAUGCGAUUAGGACUCAUUUUGUGCAUUCCUUGAAUAGUUAUAAUCUAAAGCAGACCAUAAAAUUGUUCGCUACUGGUUUUUAACAUCCGGGAUUUUUAUGGGCCGUACAUUUUAUGAGUCAAAAAGCACGAGUCCAAACUUCAGACCAUACAUGAAGUCCUUGCAGUUCCUCAAAUUAAUUGCCGUUAAGAUAGGCAUUUUGUAAAAUUAAAAUUUAUGUGGUAUCAAAUUAAGGUGGUCAUAUAAGUAUUCAAAAUAUAUUUUUCUCAAAUCGCGAUUUUCGGUGCACAAAAAAGUCGACGCCCAAAUCAAAAAAUUGCCGCCGACUUAAUUUUUUCUCGGCACCGAAUUCUGAAACCCGGUGAAUUUUUCUGUUUUUCGAAAUCAGUGCACAAAGUCUUAAGUCUAUUUGGACCGCAUUUCGGAAUUCGGUGCUGAAAAAAUUAAGUCGCCGCCAAUUUUUCGAUUUGGGCGUCGACUUUUUUGUGCACCGAAAAUCGCGAUUUGGGGAAAAAAUUUUAAUAUUUGUAUGACCACCUUUAUAUUGAACCCGAACUGAAACAAAAAUAUGUACUGCCAUAAACUUGUUUAUCAAACAUUUACAGAGAUCGUUCGGAUCAGUCACUGUGGCCAUUUCAAGUACGAGGGAAAACAAUAUACGGGUUGUGUGCAGUCCUGUGACACCGAUGGUUGUAAUGGUGUCACGGGACCCGGGGUCAUGAAGAUGGCUGUUCUAGUGGGGCUGAUCCUAGCCUCAAUGUUAUAA